AUGUUCGUGUUCACGCUCUUUGCAUUGGCUAGCUAUGCUGUCCUAGCCGUCACAGCUAUGCCGAAUGCCGUCCAUCCUCGCGCAACGACGACAGUGGACCCUUCUUGCCCGAUCGUCUCCGUCGAAGUGAUCACUCAGACGCUAUCGGUCAUCGCCCCGACUACCACAGGUCCCUUUGAGACUACAACGUUCACAGUGACUUCCUUCAGUUUCCCAUCAGCCACUUCGACGGAGACAGUGGUCGAAGGGGAUGGAACGACGCACACGAUCACGUUUCAGUAUAUCAACGACGAUGGACACCCGCCGUACCCCUCUGACUGUCACUUCACCUAUACGAACAUCCCGUAUUGA